CGCCUCUGUACUUUCUUCCAUCAUCACGCACAACACCGCCUCGACCCACCAUGGCCUCCGAGACUCUGCUUGCCUUCAAAGCUGGGCGCGCCCUGCGUCGCGAGGGCACCAACUUUGUAGAUCCCAGCCCCAUCAAGGGUGCCGUCCUCCUUGUUCGCGGCGACGAUGAGCUCUUGCACUUUAUCUGGAAGAACCGCACGACGAACGAUGUCGAGGAGGAUUUGAUCCUCUUCCCUGGCGAUGCGAGCUUUGUGAAGGUCAGCCAGGCUGGGGGACGCGUGUACGUCCUCAAGUUCUCCUCGUCGGAUCAGAGGCACUUCUUUUGGAUGCAGGACGCCUCUGCCGCCCGCGAUGAGGAAUUCGUGAGCAAUCUGAACCGCCUGCUGGAGGACCCCGAUUACACGCCAGUGUGGCCCGAGCAAGCCGCCUCAACGUCUACUGGACCCGGCACUGCGAGCGCACCAAACCCGUCCGACUUUCAGGCCACGCCCGAGCAGCUUGCACAGCUGCAGCAGAUUCUCUCUCGCGGGGGAUCGGGCGGAGCAGGGCUUUCGGACCCCGCUUCUGAUCUGUCCCUCACCGACAUUCUUACGCCCGCCAACCUGAACCCGCUCUUCACGUCUCACCCGGAGCUCAUCCCCACGCUCUUCCCCCACCUUCCACCAGACUUGCCGAUGCCACCGUCACCGGAGGUGCUGCAGCAGAUUACCAACUCGCCCCAGUUUCGCUCCGCUGUCGCGAGCUUCGACCAGGCGCUACGCACCGGGCUGCUCGGCAACCUUGUCCGCGCGUUCGGUCUACCUGAGGAGGCGGGCACGGGGAUAGGUCCCUUCUUGAGAGCGAUCCAGGAUCAGGCGGAUAGGCAAGGGGAGGACAGUAUGGAGACGGAUUGAUGAGUAUAGAUCGGUGUAAUGUGUAUGCUUCCAUGCUUCGACCAAAGGAAUAAUGGGCGAACCCGGGCUUCCGAUGAUGGUCCUUUCCUCAACGCUACUCAGGAUAUCUACGUCUCUGAUGAGCGUACUCUGUUGUUAUAAAGGUUGUCUGAUAGCUCCUGAGAACGCUCCCUCUUGUAAAUUUCACCCAUUUCGAGAACAAUAGACAAUAUGCUCGGCCCGG